CCUCUCUCAAACUCAAAGAGGCUCUUUAUAUUCGUAAACACAAACCAGACCUAAACAAACUGGUUCAGCAUUUUAAUACUAUUUUCCACUCAUCUCGUCUCACUUAGCAUGCGUAUUGUAUCCUGUUAUGUUGUCAAUCAUGAUCAUUUUUGUAAAUAAUCUAGUUAUUCAUUGAGUAUCACCUCGCAUGCAUAUAUCAUAUAUCAUAAAACUGCUACUAAAAUAACCACUUUGUUUUGUAAUGCAAAUUUGUGCUUGGAUCCACCCCUGAUUAAUAUUCUACUUUAACUUUAUAUCAUUCACAAUGUGAAUAUUUAAUCUAUUUAUCCGCACCAAGAUGGUACGACCUAAGGCUAAACGUUUUGUAUCGUUCAAAAAUUUGCUCGAAAUAAUGCUAGUGGCUAAGGAACAGAAAAUUGGGGAGGGAUGGAGAAGGCCAGAAGGGUACUGGGGUACCAUCUUAACAAAAUGUGGAAUAAGAAAUACAGCUUCAAGAAGGAAGCAUCUUUAUCGCAGUUGGCGAAGGAACACAGAUGGUUUCAAGGACAAGUUCCUUGAAAGGAAAGAGAAUCAAUCCUAUGACUCUCCUCCGAACCAGCCACAGAGCUCAAUGUUGAUGACCCAAAGAUUGAAACUACCCUCUGUCAGUGAUGACGAACUCUCACAGUUCACCGAAUCUGAUGGUGGAAGUGUUGCUGGUAUCGAAGGAAUUCAACCGAUAGACGAUACACCAUCGGAGGUUUCUGAAGACAGCGAUGAUGAUGGUAACCUCGAUUCCGAUGCCCCUGAUGACCAUGAAGAUGGUAACAAUGACACCCUGGUCUGUGGUGAAGAUGAUGAUGGUAGUAUUGAAGAAUAUGAUGAUGGCAACAGGAGAAUUUCUCAUGUUGCUCCUGACAUUGAUUGUAAUAUUGAUGAUGAUUGUGAUGAUGAUCAUGUUAUUGAUGAUAAUGGUGAUGAUCAAGGAAUUAUUGAUGAUCAUGAUUAUCACAAUGAUACAAAAAAGAAUGUUCAUCUUGGCCUUGGUGGUCAUUCUCAACCUUCAUUUGAUGAUGUCCCAAUCAAACCAGGGCUAGGUGGUCAAACAAGGAUCUUUGAAGAACUGUUGAAUCAGCAACUGCAGACUGAGCAACGCAGUCCUAAUGAAAACGAACCAGCUCAACCUACCAGAGCUAACAAAGCUGCGAAGAAAACCUUUAUUCUUAGAAAGGGAGAAGGGAUUGCGAGAUUUGGAAUGAAACCAAAGAUAGUCACAAAACAAGGACAAGCGACAGUGAAAGAUAAAUGCCUCCAGAACAGUGUCUUGGAAGAAAGGGCGCCGGUCACGCGAAAAACCGCAACAGUGAAGGACUAUGCAACGGUUAACCAGUCUCGUUCGCCUGCAGUAGGGGCACAAGCGAGUAAACCUGUCGUCGCCCAGAAACCUGAAGGCCCUGUCGCACGAAGAAGCCUUCGACAAGAAAAGCCGUUCUCUCCGAAGAAGUGCAUUUUACCACCAUACCAUCCCGGGGCUCAGGUCGAGAAACAAGAACUGAAUGAAUUUGAGCUGCUUGAAGAAGCUGUGGCAGCCAAUUGCUCGCUUUCGUCGAAUUCAUCCACCGUCCUAAGAAUUCUGGGUGCUAAGCAGAAGCAAUGCCAAGCUGAUGUAAACAACAACAUGCUCACUGCUCGUCAAUUGUCGAACGUCAAACGCAAAGGUUAG